GCGGCCCAGAUCAGCCCGAAGCCAGUCGCAAAGCUCCAGGCGAAACCUAGUCACUCGACUACUCCCAACCGGCCGCCGCCGUCUCCCGUCCACGUUCCGACCGCCGGAGCUCGCCUCCUCCUCCACCCGCUACCUCUCGAGGCCACUCCGGACGGCCAUGGCCCAGAGGGCCGCGGGCGGCCUUCUCCGACGGUCCCUCGGGCUCGCGCCGCCGACAACCCCGAGGGCCCUGAGCACCAGCGCCACCACGCCGGCGGAGGGAGAGGCGGCGGCCAAGGCGAGGAGGAGAAAGAAGAAGAACCUGUUCGACGUGGCGCAGUUCCUGCCGGACUGGGGCGUCGGCCACAGGGUCGCCAAGACCACCUGGCGCGACGUCUCCUACCAGAUCACCAAGAUCAACCUCUAUAAGGAUGGCCGCCACGGGAAGGCGUGGGGAAUUCGGCACAAGGCCGGCGUGCCAGCAGCAGAUGCUCCGAUAAGAAUCAGCGGGGUUAACAAACGUGGUUGGAAGUACAUAAAGGCGUCUUUGCAAGAUAUCCCUGGAGCAGAGCCGCCAGCCGUCUCCGCUGCUUAACCAGUUACUGGCUAGAUAUUUCGUAGGUGAUAAAACUGGUCCCAAUAGAAGCGUAGUGCUGAACUAUUCACAAGACUGGUUUGAUCUGCCAGCUCCACGCGUUUCAUAAGUCUCAUGUCUCCACAAGGGGUUAAACAUGCUUGAACGUGUUUCGGCGUGAGCUUGUCAUGGCCUCCACGCUUGUUGUUGAAGCUAAAGAUGAUGUAGUGUUAA